AUGGCAGAUGUUGAAGCUUCAAAUGACAGUGAGAGUGAAACUGAUGAAGAUAUAGCUGGUGAAAGGUCAGCUGUUGGUAUUAAAACGAAGAAUGAAAAGAAGACUCCCAAAAAGACCGCUGUAGUUACUCCAAAUUCUGCAAAGAAGUCAAUAACCUCAGAGAUGGCUGAUGUUGCAUCAGCAAGUGACAAUGAGAGUGAAACUGAUGAUGAUAUAGCUGAUGAAAGGUCAGCUGUUGGUAUUAAAAGUAAGGGUGAAAAAAUAACUCCCAAGAAAACGACUAUAGUUACUCCAAAUUCUGCAAAGAAAUCAAUAACCUCAGAGACAGCAUAUGUUGCAUCAGAAAGUGACAGUGAGAGUGAAUCUGAUGAAGAUAUGAAUGAUGAAGACACAGCUGUCAGUAUUACAAGAAAAGUUGAAAAGAAGACUCCUAAGAAGAGCACUGUAGGCGGGGUUACUCAAAAUUCUGCAAAGAAGUUAAUAACCUCAAAGAUUUUGGAAGUUGCAUCUUCCAGUGACAGUGAGAAUGAAUCUGAUGAAGACAUAGCUGAUGAAGAGCCAGCUGCCAGUAUUACAACAGAAGUUGAAAAGAAGACUUCCCAAAAAGGCCUCUGUAGGUGUAGUUACUCCAAGAGCUGA